GAGUCGGGGACGGAAAGGGAAAAGUCGGCUGCAAUGUCGUCAGUGGUAGAGGGAGGGGGGAGAGCGGAAGGUCAGGGCGCCGCGGAGCGGAAGUAGGAUCCGGAGCGCGUCCGCCAUUGUGGGAAAGCGGAGCCCGGAGCAGGGGAGGGAAGCUGAGCUGUGUCCAGCUGGUUGCUUUCGGAGGCGCCGAGCAGACGAGAAGUGCCCGGGCUGCGGAGACAGUCAGGCGGCGGCGGCGGGGAGAGCGGCGGAAAAGGCGGCGGCGGCGGGGAAUUGAGGAAGAGCGGGAGGAGGAGGAGGAGGCCCAAGCGGAGCGGGGUGAGGGGAUUGCGGCUCCCCGUGAAGAAUGUCAGCCACCAGCGUCGACCAGAGACCUAAAGGACAGGGAAAUAAAGGAAAGAUCUCUAACCAGCAGUUCAGCUACUCCCCUACUCUGGUUCUCUUCUCCCCCAUCCUGUGCUUGAAGGCUUGUAUUUUAGUUUCAGUGCAAAACGGUUCGAUUCAUCAAAAGGAUGCAGUAAAUGAUGAUGAUUUUGAGCCAUAUCUAAGUAGCCAGACAAAUCAGAAUAAUAGCUAUCCACCAAUGUCAGACCCAUACAUGCCUAGUUAUUAUGCUCCAUCCAUUGGAUUUCCGUACUCUCUGGGUGAAGCGGCAUGGUCCACAGCAGGAGAUCCUCCAAUGCCAUACUUGACAACUUACGGACAGAUGAGCAAUGGUGAACACCACUACAUCCCUGAUGGUGUCUUUAGUCAACCUGGGGCUUUAGGAAACACCCCUCCAUUCCUUGGUCAGCAUGGAUUUAAUUUUUUCCCUGGGAAUGCAGAUUUCUCAACAUGGGGGACAAGUGGAUCUCAGGGACAAUCGACUCAAAGCUCUGCUUACAGCAGCAGCUAUGGCUACCCACCUAGCUCUCUUGGUAGAGCAAUAGCCGAUGGACAGGCUGGAUUUGGCAAUGAUACAUUGAACAAGGUGCCUGGUAUUAGCAGCAUUGAGCAAGGCAUGACUGGACUGAAAAUUGGCGGUGAUAUGACAGUCGCUGUGACGAAAACAGUUGGUUCCGCUCUGAGUAGUACAGGUAUGACAAGCAUUGCAGCAAAUAGUGUGCCUGCGGUUAGCAGUUCAGCACCUAAACCAACCUCAUGGGCUGCCAUUGCUAGGAAGCCUGCUAAGCCUCAGCCAAAACUUAAGCCUAAAGGUAAUGUGGGAAUUGGGGGCCCUGCGGUACCACCUCCCCCUAUAAAACACAACAUGAAUAUUGGAACUUGGGAUGACAAAGGGUCUGUGGUAAAAGCUCCCCCAACCCAACCAGUACUGCCUCCUCAGACUAUAAUGCAGCAGCCUCAGCCAUUAAUUCAGCCUCCUCCAAUGGUGCAAAGCCAACUGCCUCAGCAGCAGCCUCCGCCUCAGCCGCCACAAGGACCUCAGCAACAGGCUCCGCCUCAUCAGCUGCAGCAGCAGCAGCUGCAAAAUCGCUGGGUGGCUCCUCGCAAUAGGGGUGUAGGCUUCAAUCAGAGCAAUGGAGCUGGCAAUGAAAACUAUGGUAUAGGUGUUAUACCAGUUAGCUCUUCACCUUCUGGUGUAGAAGUGCACCCAGUAUUGGAGAAACUAAAGGCCAUAAAUAACUAUAAUCCCAAAGACUUUGAUUGGAAUCUGAAGAACGGUCGUGUGUUUAUAAUCAAAAGCUAUUCGGAGGAUGAUAUACACCGCUCCAUUAAGUAUUCUAUCUGGUGUAGUACUGAGCAUGGUAAUAAGCGCUUGGAUGCUGCCUACCGUUCACUGAAUGGAAAAGGCCCACUCUAUUUACUUUUCAGUGUGAAUGGCAGUGGACACUUCUGCGGAGUAGCUGAGAUGAAGUCUGUGGUGGACUACAAUGCAUAUGCUGGAGUCUGGUCUCAGGAUAAGUGGAAGGGGAAGUUUGAUGUUAAGUGGAUCUUUGUUAAAGACGUUCCAAACAACCAGCUGCGGCACAUUCGCUUGGAAAAUAAUGACAACAAACCCGUUACCAACUCGAGGGACACUCAAGAAGUACCCCUAGAAAAAGCCAAGCAAGUGCUUAAAAUAAUUGCUACUUUCAAGCAUACCACCUCAAUCUUUGAUGACUUUGCACAUUAUGAAAAGCGUCAAGAGGAGGAGGAAGCCAUGCGUAGGACUCUUAGGGGCAGUACAAAAGGAAAAAUGGAUGAAGAAAGAAGAUGAAAAUAAGCAAAUUCAGGAGAGGAAUAGAAACAAACAAUAACUAUAUGGCGAUGGUCCUGCUAGAAUUACAACACUAAUGAUGUGGACUCUGGAAAUGCCUAAUAUGUCUAAGAAGAAGUUAUUAAAGCUUUGUUCCUGCUUAAGGUGACAUCUUUGAACACUUUAACACAAAAUUGACUCUUCUUGUAAUGGUUCUCAUCAGUGCAUCUGCCCUUAUACUCUCUCACCAAACACACUUGAGAACUGUAACUUCGUCAAGCACUUUCUGUCCUGAAGCUUUUACCAGUAUCUGCUGUCUUUUGUAAUUAUGCAUCCUAGCUAAGGCACAGGAGAUGGAACGAAUGCAAGGAUUCAUUAACUCUUUGAAUUUGUUAAAUACUAACAAUUAACCAUCAUAAGUGGUUCAAUGAUGUGAGAUUCACAUUGCUUCAACUUAUUUUUCUUUGAUGUAGUUUUUUAAUUGUCAGUUUUUAGCUAUUCAACAGAAUUUAAAGCAAAAUCAUGCCAUAUUUAGUCCUGGAGUAAAACUCAAGUCUAAAUGUUCAUGUGAAAAUUAUUGUAGUAAACUUUUAAUAUGGCAAAGCAACUUUGAGCUGCAGUUUAGCCAAAUGAAUUAUAACAUGAAAUUAUAUUAGAAUGACAUUUCCCUUGUUUCAAACUGUUUGGUGUAGAGAAUAUUAAUAUAUGCAGCUUGGUGGGCCGCACCAAUUAAUGCACAUUUCCUUUUUUUUCCUGUAACAUGUAUACCGAAAAAAGUGCAUUUGUCUGAGGAACUGUUUGUUUGCUACCACUCAAUCUCAGUUUUGAGUACAUGUACCUCAGUCUAAAUCAGACUUUUUAUGACCUUUAUAACUAUACUUAAAAUCUUUAAUUCCUAUUUCUGGGUGUUUGCAAGCCUGAAAAGAUUGCUAUCAUGGAAGUGAAAAUUUACUCCUCUAGGUGAUUCACUAGCUAAAUAAACAUAAUUCUUGUUUUAGCAAGCAUAUACUCUGUUUCUCAAAUUUUGUUUGUUCCCAGCUCUGAAUAUUAUAGUCUGAUAUUCUUUCAAUUCAAAAUACUUUGGGAAAUAAACGUUUAUCCAUGGUUUCAGUUUGUAUGCUCAUGGAUGUGUUUACAUGUUAUCUGUUAGAGCUAUAUAAUAAAAGCCUAGGUACCAUAUUCACCUGAA